UACUCGGUGUGUCUCUAUACUUCUAUGGAAACUAUUCUAUUCAAACAUUCAGAUUUGCGAAUUCAUAGAGAAUGGAAAGAUGGAGUCUGGAAGAUGGCAGAUAAGGUGAAGCCUGAUAAGAAAAGGAAAGCUGCUGCCUCAUCACAAAAUUCAGGAAUGGAUAAUGUUUUCCUAAGAAGGAGCGAGAGGGUGCCUAAACGAUCUAGAGACACAAAAACUCCAUUCAAGUCUGACAGAAAUCCGGCUUUAACUGUAAUACCUGAGAUUAUACCUGCAGUUGAUCCGUUUUCAACUCCUGCGGAACAUAAGCUUUCAAGGCUUCAAAAUUGGAUGACAUUAAAGCCCGGCAUGCAUGAAACGUCCCUAUCAAUCAAUGAUAAUAAGAUAAGGAAAUCUUUCUUUCAAAGCAUGGAAAAUGCAAAAAAGGACCUUAAGAAAGAGCACAUUGAUGGAGCCUUUGCAAUGCUAAAUUGCAGAAGAAAUGAGAAUGCUGCUUGGUUCCACAACUACAAGAUUCCAAAGGCGUGCUUCCUACCUAUGGAGUUCUUGCAUUGCUUGCUCUCUGAUGAUUUGGCUUACAAGAAAGAAAAGGUCAAAGGUAAAAAGAUUUUCAACGAUUUAUUUAAAGAUACUGUGAGAGGGAAGGUAUAUCCAGAGAAGACAUGGGGAGAAGAUGUUGAUGUUGUGUAUGGGAUUACUCUUGGAAAAAAAAGCAAUGUCUGGAUUGGGAUGGAAAUUCAUUUGAAGAAGAAAAGAAUCACAGUAUAUGAUUGUUUUCAAAAGGAAAGCAACAGCAUUGAUAUUCCUCAAGUGAAAAAGUUGGCAGAUAAGGUGAAGAUGAUUCCAUUUGAGAUUGAGCAGGCACAAGGUUUACCCAAGACAAAACAUCCUUUCAACUGUGGGAUAUUUCUUGUCAAGAUUCUGGAGUGCCAGUCAUUGAAGAUAGGAGACAUGACAAAGAUUAAUGAUGACAAUGCAUUGGAGCUAAGGAGAACCUUGUCUUGUGAGAUCUUCAACCAAUUUGUGGAUGAGAGCUUUGGGAAAUGAGAAUGAUGCAUGAAAACAUUUUUGUUUUAGUUAAGACUCGGUUUUAGUUAUGACUGUUUAUUUUGUUAUGUUGUUGGCGUCUGGUUACAUAAGAAAGAUUGGAAGGAUAUCAAGUAUUUUAUUUGGGUAUCAUAUA